CGGCUCGGCGGCCUGAGGACCCGGAGCACAGGCGCCCCAGCCUGCGGCGGCGGCGGAGACGAUGUGGUUCUUUGCCCGGGACCCGGUCCGGGACUUCCCGUUCGAGCUCAGCCCGGACCCCCCAGAGGGCGGCCCGCCGGGGCCCUGGGUCCUGCACCGCGGCCGCAAGAAGGCCACAGGCAGCCCGGUGUCCAUCUUCGUGUAUGAUGUGAAGCCCGGUGCCGAUGAGCAGACCCAGGUGGCCAAAGCUGCCUUCAAGCGCCUCAAAACUCUCCGGCACCCCAACAUUCUGGCCUACAUCGAUGGGCUGGAGACGGACAAAUGCCUCCAUGUAGUGACAGAGGCAGUGACCCCACUGGGAAUGUACCUCAAGGAGCGAGCGGAGGCUGGUGGCUUGAAGGAGCUGGAGCUCUCCUGGGGCCUACACCAGAUUGUGAAAGCCCUCAGCUUCCUGGUAAAUGACUGCAGCCUCAUCCACAACAACAUCUGCAUGGCUGCCGUGUUCGUGGACCGUGCCGGCGAGUGGAAGCUGGGGGGUCUGGACUACAUGUAUUCGGCCCAGGGCAAUGGUGGGGGACCCCCCCGGAAGGGGGUCCCCGAACUUGAGCAGUAUGACCCCCCGGAGUUGGCUGAUGGCAGUGGCAGAGCAGUUAGAGAGAAAUGGUCAGCUGACAUGUGGCGCUUGGGCUGCCUCAUCUGGGAAGUCUUCAAUGGGCCCCUACCUCGGGCGGCUGCCCUGCGCAACCCUGGGAAGAUCCCCAAAUCGCUGGUGCCCCAUUACUGUGAACUAGUUGGAGCCAACCCCAAGGUGCGUCCCAACCCAGCCCGCUUCCUGCAGAACUGCCGGGCACCCGGCGGCUUCAUGAACAACCGCUUUGUGGAGACCAACCUCUUUUUGGAAGAGAUUCAGAUCAAAGAGCCGGCUGAGAAGCAAAAGUUCUUCCAAGAGCUGAGCAAGAGCCUAGACUCUUUCCCUGAGGAUUUCUGCCGGCACAGGGUACUGCCCCAGCUGCUGACCGCCUUCGAGUUUGGCAAUGCGGGAGCUGUGGUCCUCACACCGCUCUUCAAGGUGGGCAAGUUUCUCAACGCUGAGGAGUAUCAGCAGAAGAUCAUCCCUGUUGUGGUCAAGAUGUUCUCAUCCACUGACCGGGCCAUGCGCAUCCGCCUCCUACAGCAGAUGGAACAGUUUAUCCAGUACCUUGAUGAGCCAACAGUCAACACACAGAUCUUCCCCCACGUUGUACAUGGCUUCCUGGACACCAACCCUGCCAUCCGAGAGCAGACAGUCAAGUCCAUGCUGCUUCUGGCCCCAAAGCUGAACGAGGCCAACCUCAAUGUGGAGCUGAUGAAGCAUUUCGCGCGGCUGCAGGCCAAGGAUGAACAGGGCCCCAUUCGCUGCAACACUACCGUCUGCCUGGGCAAAAUCGGCUCCUACCUCAAUGCCAGUACUAGGCACAGGGUCCUCACCUCCGCCUUCAGCCGUGCCACUAAGGACCCCUUUGCACCUUCCCGGGUGGCGGGGGUCCUGGGUUUCGCUGCCACCCACAACCUCUACUCGAUGAACGACUGUGCCCACAAGAUCCUGCCUGUGCUCUGUGGCCUCACCGUGGAUCCCGAGAAAUCCGUGCGAGACCAGGCCUUCAAGGCCAUUCGAAGCUUCCUGUCCAAACUGGAGUCUGUGUCAGAGGACCCCACCCAGCUGGCUGAAGUGGAAAAGGAUGUCCAUGCGGCCUCCAGCCCAGGAAUGGGAGGAGCCGCAGCCAGCUGGGCAGGCUGGGCUGUGACAGGAGUCUCCUCGCUCACCUCCAAGCUGAUCCGUGCGCACCCAACAGCUGCCCCGGCUGAGCCCAACAUCCCCCAGAGACCCACACCUGAGGGACUUCCUGCCCUGGCCCCCACCCUUGUCCCUGCCACAUCCACAACCUCAGGCCACUGGGAGACACAAGAGGAGAGCACAGACACAGUGGAGGACAGCAAUACUGCCGACAGAUGGGAUGAUGAAGACUGGGGCAGCCUGGAGCAGGAGGCCGAAUCUGUGUUGGCCCAGCAGGAAGACUGGAGUAUUGGGGGCCAGGCUAGCCGUGGUGGGCAGGCACUACCUCUCCACCUGCAGACCAGCAAUGUGGACCCCAAAUCCCCUGAGUCAGACUGGAGCAGCUGGGAAGCCGAGGGCUCAUGGGAGCAGGGCUGGCAGGAGCCAAGUCCCCCAGAACCACCCCCUGAGGGCACAAGGCCGGCCAGCGAGUAUAACUGGGGUGGCUCGGAGCCCAGUGACAAAGGUGAUCCCUUUGCUGCCAUGUCUGCACGACGGGAGGCUGGCAUCCAGCUGAGACCUGAUUCUUGGGGCGAUGACAACUGGGAGGGUCUGGAGACAGAGAGCCGGCAAGGGAAGGCUGAGCUGGCCCGGAAAAAGCGCGAGGAGCGGCGGCGAGAGAUGGAGGCCAAACGCGCGGAGAAGAAGGCAGCCAAGGGUCCCAUGAAGCUGGGGACCCGCAAGCUGGAUUGAACUGUCGGUGUGGGCGCUUGCAGCUGUGGAGAGCAGGCCCACAGAUGUAUUUAUUGUACAAACCAUUGCCAGCCUGGCCCCCUGGCCAGACACAUCUCACGUGUACAUAAUCAGAGCCACAAUAAAUUCUAUUUCACA